AUGGAAGCUGGAGGCAUGGUCCUGGGCAUUGAUCAUCGCUCUACUCGUACUUUGUUUGACAACUUCCGGGAGUUCCUGGCGCCCAUUGUUGAGAAACUCAGUCGGUCGCCGCCCUUUCAACACCACUGGCCCUUCACGGAAAGUGCAGCCAAGAUGGAGCAGCACUUGCGUCAGCGCAUGAGAUGCUUCCAGCUGGCCUACUGGUUGUCGGGCAGUGACCUGUUUCAAGUCUUUGGAGCUUUGCGCGCAGCAGAGCGCUCUGCAGAGGCGUCUUGGGAAACAGUGUCCCCUUUUGUGCAGGACCGUGCCACCUCAAGCGCCAUGAAUGCAGAGCAGGCCUAUGCUGAUGCUGUAGUGGAUUGCGUGAGGGGUUCAGAUCAGGCUUUGAGUGAGCUUUUUUCCGAUGAUGAUGUCUAG